UUCUGAUGUUGCACGACGGGAAAUGCUUUGAAUAGUUGCGACAUGGCCGCUCGCAUUGAUUGCCAAGAUUGACAGCACUAACCAUCGUCUUCUCUUGUUUCUCUGAAAGGGAGAGGGGAGACAACUACGAUAGGUAGUAACAACAGCUCGUUGCAGUUUUGACAGUUGAACUUCGCUGUAAGGACGGGAUUCCCUUUCUAUGGUCAGGGGAGUAACAGUAGACUUUAGUUUCUUCUCUUUGCUUCGCAGAUCACAGGCGUUAUUUGUAAUAUUUCUUUUUCGGAACGGGAUACGGUGAAGAUCCGCGUGGUCUUUGGUACACUGACUCUAUUCAGGGCUAUCUGCACGUGGAUUUGGGGAGGAACUUGUGGUUUUACGCGAGUGCAGUGCAUUUCCUCGCUGGUCCGGCGGAGAGAUAUCGACGCGCUGACGCAUGUGGUGCCGGUCAUUUUCAUGAAUUCAAAAUCUUCUUACCAGUAGUCACUGGGAGCUGGGGAUCAAGUUUUUCUGUUUGUAACCCCAAAUGCUGACAUGGAGGGCUUUCUACGUAGCAGCUUUUUACUGAGCAGAAUCAUGUCUUCCAAGCAAGCCACCUCCCCGUUCGGCUCUGCCCCCGACGGAGACAUGGACGUGAUGAGCCACGAGGACCGGAUGAUGGCGUGGGACAAGGAGGACGUGACCGCCGCCGCCAUGGCCGUGGCCACCGUCACCGCCGCCCAGGACGGCCUGCUGCCCCUGCCCAAGCUCAUGGCCCACAGCAAGGGCCAGGCCCAGGGCCACCCCGACGAGCUGCCCGCCAUCAGCAGCGUGCCGCCCGAGGCCGACUGGGACAACCUGCUGUCAGCCCAGCAGCGCAUGGAAUCUGACAGCAAUAAAGUAUGUUCCCUGUACUCCUCCUUCCGGAAUAACUCUACCUCUCCGCACAAGCCCGAGGAGGGGGCCCGGGAGCGCGGCGACCUGCUGAGCGCCUCGGCGUUCGGCACACCGGAGCGCCGCAAAGGAAGUCUGGCCGACGUGGUGGACACGCUGAAGCAGAAGAAGCUGGAGGAGAUGACAAAGACAGAACAGGACGAGUCCUCCUGCAUGGAAACACUGCUCUCUAAAGACUGGAAGGAGAAGAUGGAACGACUAAACACCAGUGAACUUCUGGGAGAGAUAAAAGCAGGUACACCCGAGAGCCUGGCAGAGAAGGAGCGUCAGCUCUCCACCAUGAUCACCCAGCUGAUCAGCCUGCGCGAGCAGCUCCUGGCCGCCCACGACGAGCAGAAGAAGCUGGCCGCCUCGCAGAUGGAGAAGCAGCGCCAGCAAAUGGAGCUGGCGCGCCAGCAGCAGGAACAGAUCGCAAGACAGCAGCAGCAGCUUCUGCAGCAGCAGCACAAAAUCAAUCUUCUCCAGCAGCAGAUUCAGGUCCAGGGUCACAUGCCUCCGCUCAUGAUCCCCAUUUUUCCACACGACCAGCGCACUCUGGCAGCCGCCGCCGCCGCCCAGCAGGGGUUCCUCUUCCCCCCGGGAAUGUCCUACAAGCCAGGUGAUAACUACCCGGUGCAGUUCAUUCCAUCCACCAUGGCAGCUGCUGCCGCGUCAGGCCUCAACCCUCUGCAGCUUCAGCAACUGUACGCGGCCCAGCUGGCCAGCAUGCAGGUCUCUCCCGGAGCCAAGAUGCCACCGCUGCCCCAGCCCCCAAACUCUGGCGCGCCCAUCUCCCCCACGGGGGGCCUCAAGAGCGACAAGAGGUCCUCCAGUCCUGUCACUCAAGUCAAGGAGGAGGGGACACAGCCGCUCAACCUGUCCGCCCGGCCCAAGACGGCCGAGUCCAUCAAGUCCCCCACGUCCCCCACACACAGCCUGUUCCCCGGCAGCAAGAGCAGCCCCAACAGCCUGUCGGCCAAGAGCGGCCUCCCCAGCCCCCUUGGAGCCAUGGGCCGCGGCCCCUCCCUGGACAUCCUGUCCAGCCUGAACUCCACAGCGCUGUUUGGGGACCAGGACUCUGUGAUGAAGGCCAUCCAGGAGGCCAGGAAGAUGAGGGAGCACCUCCAGCGGGAGCAGCUGCAGCACCACCAGCAGGGCAUGGAGGCCAAGCUCCAAGCCCUCACCAGCCUGGGCCUCAACAACUGCCGAUCCGACAAGGAGAGGUCUCACUUUGACAGUCUAACCCACCCCUUGGCUAAGCUUGGAGAGGACGGACAGAUGGCCAAGAUUGGCCAGAGAGUCAUAGAUCUCACCAGACCAGAGGAUCUAGACGGGAGUAUAGCCCUGAACGGCUCUGCCGCAGAUAAACCACAACAGUAUUAUUAUUGGCCAACAGGAGGCGCCGGCGCAGGCGAGGCGCGGGUCUUCAGGGAAGCCCGGGGAAGGAACAGCAACGAGCCGCACAUCAAGCGGCCCAUGAACGCCUUCAUGGUCUGGGCCAAGGACGAACGCCGCAAGAUCCUCCAGGCCUUCCCCGACAUGCACAACUCCAACAUCAGCAAAAUCCUGGGCUCUCGCUGGAAGUCGAUGUCCAACCAGGAGAAGCAGCCGUAUUACGAGGAGCAGGCGCGCCUGAGCAAGCUGCACCUGGAGAAGUACCCCAACUACAAGUACAAGCCGCGGCCCAAGCGCACCUGCAUCAUCGACGGCAAGAAGCUGCGCAUCGGCGAGUACAAGCAGAUGAUGCGGUCGCGGAGGCAGGAGAUGAGGCAGUUCUUCACUGUGGGGCAACAGCCACAGACACAGCUCCCCCUCAGUGCCGGUGCAGGUGUGGUCUACCCUGGAGCCCUAGGCAUGGCCAGCGCCACCACGCCCUCGCCGCACAUGACCUCGGACUGCUCCAGCAACUCGGCCAGCCCCGAGCCCAGCAUCCCCGUCAUCCAGAGCACCUACGGCAUGAAGAUGGAGCACGCCGACGGCAUGGGCGGCCUGGUCAACAGCAGCGACACCCUCAACGGCGACGACGAGAUAGACAUGUACGAGGACUUUGAGGACGACCCCAAAACGGACUACAGCAGCGAGAACGACACGCAGGAGCCCGUCAGUGCCAACUAAAACGGCCAAACUAACCCCUCAAACACUCACACAUACCGUACGCAUACAUACACACAUGGAGUACACACACACACACACAGACUCAAACACACACAUGGUCCACACAAAAAACUCUAACCCAAUCCAACCUAUCUUACCCCUCACAACCAAGAGUGUACAUCUACUGGAGAGAAACGAGGAUGACCCGAAGGAAGAAAAGGAGACAAAAAAAUUAACUACAGAACAAAAAAAAGACAAAACUCGAAAAAUGUAUUUCUGACGAUAUAUCUUUAGGAGCCUGCAUGCAUAUGUGGCUCCCGCAAGACAAACAAACACAUAUUGGUCUUAAGUGUUUUUUUUGUUUUUUUUUAAGUGUGAAGCCGUUUAUUUGUGUUGAUUUUUUUGGCUUUUUAUUAUUUUUGGCUAAUUGUUUAUUUUAUGUUUUUUGUUUUGUUUUUUAUUUUUUGAUGGACAUUUAAACAGUUAUAGGGUUAUUGCCUAAAACGUUUGGAUGACAGGACUUGAAAAAUUAACAUCCAUAGCUCUCACAGUCUUACUUUAUUGUUCGUAUCAGUAUACAUGUAUGGUUUUUUUAAGUAUAUGUUGAUUGCUUUUGUUGGCUUACAUUACUGUUUUAUGAUGGGGGUUUCUAUUCUCACUCAGGUAUGCUGUGCCAGCUUACAGCUUGUGAAUGUUUUAAAUCAGAUCAGUUGGAAAUGAGGAAGACAACCGAACUAACCAUUUUAAAUUGAAUUGCAAAGUAAAACAGUCUCAAAUCUGAAAACCGAGGGAAGGCAAAAACCCUCCCAAUUAUUAUUAUUAUUAUUAUUAUUAUUAUUGUAGACAUAAGUUAUAAUGUGCCAAACAUUUCAUAAGCUUCCUUUUCAUCAAUCUCUUUUUAUUAUGAUUUCUUUUAGUCUUAAGGGAGACAGUAUGUUUUGGACAAUCUCUGAUAUCGGAUCGAUGCGACCCCCCCUCCAUAUACACCCAAUCUUUUUUGAUGCAUCUGUGCUCUCUAUCAUGAAAAAAGCACUCAGGAAUCAUUGUGAUGUUUGCGGGUUUGAUGAUGAAAGCGGCCUGUUAAUGUUUCCUGGGCCUUGUUGGAGUAGUCAUACUAUUCUCUAGAAAGUUUUAAUACAGUGAUCAACAGAGGCCAAGUUCUUACCCUUACCACCCCACCACCAGCCCCCCUUCAUCCUACACCCCUACACCCUCGCCUAGCUCUCCAGCUCAGUCUUACAACACCAAGUUCUUAAUUUGAGUGAUUGUAAUCAGUCAAGGACUCAAAAGAGUCAAAGGCAUCUAAUCUAUGAAUUUGGAAAGGCAACAAUGGCAGCUUUUGUGGCAUCACAAUCUUACAAAAAAUAUUGCUGUUGUCCAAUUUGCGUGGAACAUUCUCUUGAACACUUUAGCCUUCAUGAGGGCACAAACAUUUAAAGUUCUUAAAGUCUUCUUAUUUUUUUCUGAAUUGAAAUAUUUGGGGCAUUGUCAAUCUUAACUGACACAAGAAAGUCUUAGGAGCAGAGCAUGGUCUUUGGGCUCAUGCCAAGUACUCCCCGUUGCAAGGUCUUAAUUUAAAAAAAAAAAAAACAAUCUCCAGUGUAUCUGGAUGUAGUGGUCCAUUCGCAAGGAGGGAAGUGUAUAGAGAAAUACUUCCCAAUUUAUACUAGCUAUGAUUACGUAUGAGCACUUAAUCUGUCCACAAGUAUUCAGAAUAUGAAGCAAUGCACUUUUUUUAUCCAAUUCUCUGCAUUUUUAAAUGUAUCUCGACAUAUCAGAUCCAAUAUGCUAGGCGAUUUCAGGUACGUUUCGCUACAGACAAUUCAAGGAUGCCAAGCAUUAGAGGCAAAAAAAAACCCACAAUAGAAUCCUGGACAAGAAAAAGGCUGAUGUAAUCAGUGGCAAUUUCUUUUUUAAGAGAAUAUUGAAGAGGGGGGAAAGAAACAAGCAAAAAAAACACAAACAGCUCAUCUUGUGCUGUGUUGCGCUGUGGUGGUGGAGGUGUAUGAUGGGCUGUUGUGCAGGGCAAGGCAGAGGAGAUCUUCAAUCAUUAGAAUGGCUCCUUACGGAAGGUAAGGGCGGCCAAGAGACGGGCAGCGGUCAGGCCCACUGGUUGCUGCUUCGCGCCCUGCCGAGGGCCGCCUGUGGGGAGUAGGGGGGGCCCGGUGCACCUCUGCACCUUCAUCUCUAACCCCCCCCCUCCUCCUCCACCAGCCCCUUGCCCCUUCCCCUGCCCCCGUGAGAGCACCAUCUGGCACAGGCGCGGGCCCUGCCGUGCCCACCCGCCCAGCCUGAGCAAGAACAAUGGCGGGCGCGGGAAAAAAAAAGGCCUUAUCGUUUUCAUUGUGCCCCCUCCAUCAAAGUGCGGGUGAAAAGGCCACGGCCGCAUUCAGGCGCGCGGCGCUGGCGAGCAGAUGGAACAAGUACAUCAAGCUGUGGGGGAUUAUUAAAAUGACUUACGAGUCACUCGCAUCCCCAAAAUACGGCAUUAUUAAUGCAUGAGGCCCUGCCAUUUUCCCCCUGCCCUUGAACCUGUCCACCUAAUCCGCCCCGCCGCAACGCAGAGGUAAAGGGCCCGGAAACUGCCCGCCAUAUCCAUCCCAACUCCCCUCGCUCUCGCUCUCUCUCCCUCCUUCUCCACCUGGUACUGCUGAUCACUGUAUUAUUAGCUUUUGUCGGUACUGAUGGAUGCGACGAUCCUGUUAUCUCUCUUGUCACAUCGACUGUGAUGGUUUUGUUCAUCCCCCUCAAACAAAAUCUCCCCCAUUUGAAAGCAUUUAACAAAAAAAGUCUUAGAAGUUUUAAGCACUUCUGUUGUAGAAUAUUUUUUGUGUUUGUAUUUUAGAAUGUUUGUAUUUUUUUUCAUCUUUUUAAAAGGUACAGUGCUUGACAAGAUCCCAAUUCUCCUUCAGAGCAAAGCCAAGCUCUCUCUCUCUCUCUCUCUCUCUCUCUCUCUCUCUCUCUCUCUCUCUCUCUCUCUCUCUCUCUCUCUCUCUCUCUCUCUCUAGGCCAACGUGUGUGUCUUGUUUGAAGCUGUCACUUCUGUGUGCUGGUUGAUUGGUUAAUUUGUACAUGAUUUGUACAUAUUUUUGUGACCAUGCCAAAACAAUUUUGUAGGCUGGUGGACAACAAAAAGGACUGUCUUUGGACUCUUGGAACUUGAAACUUGACUGCGCUAGUGUAACAAACAAAUGAAAAAAAACGUUUUUAAAAAAAGGACAAAAAGAAAUCAAUUCUCACAGAGACAAUGUUUCAUAAGUGUUACGAGCACUGGAUAUAAAUGGUAUUUUUUAUCAAUUCUGACUAAUGUGAAGCUGUUGUGCGAGGAAAAAAAAUAACUACAUGAACAAGAGUCACCUGUUUGAACUCAUGUGGGCUCGUCUCACAGUUGCCAGAUUUGAGUCAUGUUUCUUUCUACUUAUUUUUGUUUAUUUAUGCAAAGACACAUGAUGAAUGAACAUUUCAUUUGAAGCUCCAGGGCUGCCUAGGGGAUGGGAAGGAGUUGACAGAAGGCAUCACAGACUGGUCAGCUGAGACACAACCGGACAUCAGUAUAACAUUUUCUUAGUCACGUAUAUUUGUGUUGUAUAUUGUAUUUGAAGCUAUAUAGUGCAUAUAGACAUUUUAUUGUAUUUAUUAGCCACUGUUGGCUCUAAAAGUGUCAGUAGAACAGAAUAAACGGACAAUCAGAGAAAAAAAAAUAAACAGUUGAGAUUUGAACCAGAAUUGGAGCUCAAAACAAAGUUUCUUUUCUUUCUUUCAUGCUUUUUGUUUGAAUUAAUUCACCAUCUCAUCACAGAUGUUUUAUUGUACAUAUAACAUAGGAAAAUAGAAAUCUAUUUUUGUUCAUUGAUACGUAGUGAAGUAUAAGUUAUGUAUUUGACCUUUUUUUGUUUUCACAUUUUGUAUGUUGGUCCUUGUUCUGAAAAAACACAGACAAGUCACUGUACCUCAUGUAGAUGCUGGCAUUGACAUCAUUCUAAGAACAAGCAGUAUUUGACCUGUAGCUGAAAAGGCCAGGCACUUCUUGCUUGUCUUUCAGUGAUAAUCAUUUGACUUGUUCUGUCAACCAUAACUGUGCUUUUUUACCAACAGUUGACUAUUAGACUCAUACAGAAAAGCAAUGUUUCAAACACAACAAGAAAUUGAUUGACAUGAAUGGCCAGGUCUCAAAUACAUUAAUAUUGAAGUUUUAUUUUUCAUUGAUAUUUUUAUAAUUUGGAGUUUUCACAAUGAUUUGUUGGAUAAUGCAAAUGCAAAAUGUAGAACCCAGAAAAACAAUUGCAUGCAUCAGAUUUUCCUGAACGAUUUUGAUAUAGAUUAAAAUUAGUAAAAGAAUAAUUUAAAAUCUGUUGAAAUCACAAGUAAGGUUCUUGAAGAGCGUAGUUCAUAGGGGACGUGCAAAUAUCUAUUAGACUCUACACAGACAUUUCAGUGUAUUCUGUGUCCUCCUUCAGUCCUUCAUGUCUAAUAGUAGUCUUAAAAAUUGAUGCAAUUUUUGUUUCCUCAUAAAUGUUCAGACAGCAGCAAUCUAGCCCAAGAUACAUUUUUGUUCCUUCAUCAUUGUCACUGCCAUAUUAACACAAUGUAGAUACAACUGAAGACAGAGCUCAAAUGCUGUUUUUACUUAACUUAUCUUACUGUAAUUCUUUUUUUCUGUCAUUGAACUUUUGUGAUGUAUAUUGUGGAAUUGUUCUUUGUUAAUUUAAUCAGCACAAUUCACUGACAUGCUGGACUGACAUGCUAGCUGCUGUUGAGAAAAGAAAAUGUUUUUUUUUUUUUUGCUGUUUCGGGUCAACAUCAUAUGCUGUUGUCCAUGGUACUCUGCUUCGUAGGUUUUUUUUGUUAUUGUAUUUUGUUCUCUGAAUCGUCUCCUCAGCAACACUGUGCGUGAUGUUCUUCUGUUGCUUCAGCCGCAGUUCUUUUGAUUCCCUCUGGCAGCCUAAUACAUGUUUUUGUUUGUCUGUUUGUUUGUUUGUUCUUUUGCAUAGAGACCGGUUACUCGGCUGGUACCCUAGGCCUUUGGCAGGUAUCGAUCGGGUGUUAGAGGUGAUGAAAUAGUGUCUGUUGCUGCUUUUAAAAGUUUUAAGUCUGAAAAAUGUAAAUAGUUUAUCAUAAUAUCUUGUACAGUCCAGUGUAAAGUUUUUAAUUGAACUUAAAAAAAAAACGGUUGCCAUCACAUUUGUGUUCACAUUCUUCUUUAUACAGUACAAAAGACAGCUAUUUGCUAAGGAUAUUAUUGUUUAAAAAAAAAAAAGAAUGAAAAAAAUGGUACUAAAAUAUUUUUUGCUUGGCUUCGAUAUGUAAACCAGCAAGUCCUUGGUUUCCAUGUGCAGUAUUGACGUGAGGUAAACUAAAGGUUAAAUAAUUCAGUGCUAUGUUUGGAGACCAGUAUUCUCUGUUUUGGUAGUAUUAAUAUAUCAGAUAAAUAUACCAGAUGAGUGACAACAUUUGGGUGUAUUUAGGCACCUUAGUGGUGUGUACAAUUAUUUAGGUUGUUUCCCUUACAGGAUGCAUUUUGGCAUAUCAUAAUGUAACUCACAACAUCUUUCUACAGUACAAUUAUGUGUACUCGCAGUCAAGUCCGUGUAACAUGACCGAGUUGGGUGUUACUACCUGUUUAUCAUUUUACCUCAAGAGUGUCCUCCUCCUUUUUCCAUAAAAAGAAAAAUGAAAUCACACAAACAAAAAAAUCCGUCUCACCACCACUCCAUCUUUUGUACUGCUGUUGACACUUACAAAAAUUAAAGAGACAUUUUGUUUUAUGA